AGAUCGCAUGCAACCGUACUGUGUGCCGUAUAUCGUAGUGUGUAGGGCGUGAUAUUUCUGUUGAUGUUCGCGGAGGGAGAAUUUAAGAAAAUUGUAAAAAUGCUGAGCAGUUGAAUAUAACCAAAUAAUGUCGUGACAGAAGCGGAGAAAUUUUCAUCUGUUUGCAAUUUUAACGAUGCAAAAGAAAGCAAGGAUUUUGACGAUUCAGUAUGCUAGCCAAAUGCACGGGAAUGCACUUUGCUUGACGUGACAGAUGACCGCCAGAUGACCGAGUAAAUUGUACACAUGGCCGGUUGACUCUCUGCUGUGUGAUUCCGUGAAAAACACCCGGAAAAGUUCACUUCAUUUGCCGCUGCUAGACACAGGGAACAGUUGGAACUUAACUAUGGGCCAAUGUCUGUAGGCCUUACAAGGAAGCCUGUUCCCUGAAACUCCCAACUAGCCGUGGUUUGCAGGGACGGAGACGAGACGAUGCCGGACGGAUCGUCAGCGGGACGGGGGACGGAGGUGAUGGCCGGGAGUGACCGGGUGGUGCUGCGCCGGCUCGCGGUCAGACCCAAGCCCCGAAGAACAACGCUCAUCUUCGGCGUGAGCCAGAUGAUACUGGGCCUAGCUAUCGUGGCCAUUAGCUUCACAGCGUUUGCCCUGUCAACCAGCAACAGGGUCAGGAAUGCUUGCCCAUAUUGGGCAGGAUUUUCGGUGCUACUGACCGGCGGCGUUGGUCUGAUUGCAUGGAAACAGCCGUCCUCCUUAGCCGUGAGUAAAAAGCCUUGUAAUUAAAGACUGUCGUCUUGCUCAUUAAUUCUUGAUGAAGAAUGGUACAGAGGGGCGCUAUUUUGUAAUGAGCAGUGGAGACAUGCUUCCUGUGCAUGGAAUGGCGCGGUGGGGGAGGGAGGAGACAAUCUUGAUCAUUACUGAUGAUGAUACGAGCAAUAAAUCCUCAACAGUUAAAUAAAACAUUGAGUGUACAAGUUAAUGACGCCAGCAGCAGUCAGUGCACGUCUUUCAUUUCUGCUUGACCUUUGCGUGGGAGGUCGCAAUGUUUUGAUCACAAUUGCAUGUUGUGGAUGCAUUUUGAAAAACGCACCCGUCAGGCUUGAAGUAAAACUUGCUAGUGUUGAGAUGGCAGGGUCUUAAAGCGUGAAGUUAGCCACUUUUCUGUCUUUCUCAAUUAAAAAAAAGGAAGAAAAAAUGUAGAUGAUCUAAACACCCUUACAUUUAGCCCACAAUGGUGCUUUUGUUCUGAAAGAUUUUCAAAACAUUAAAGGGGAAAAAGCCAACAGGGCAGUGGCAUCAAAAAUUCAAUUAAAGCUGUUCAUUACGGCUCGGUGCAUCGCCGUGUUUUGUUUUUCCCCGGCAAUGAACAGCUGUGUGGGCCAUUUGGGGGAAAUAUUGAAAGAAGCGUGCCUUCUUGUCCGGGGCCCUGGCAGAAAAAAUUAAUAAUAAAAUACGACGGUCAACCCUCGGGAGGAUUCUGGACCCUGCCGACUUGUCUGCCGGCUACCCUUGAAUCAAAAUGUCCUCCCCCGCCCCCUCCUUUGCCACGCACGUCCAGCGGGGACGUUGACAGAGUCGGAAGAUGCUCGGAAUAGUUGUUCUCUCCUGGCCGACUUCUUAACCAUCUCGCGGGAUCCAGAUAAUUCCUGGAGCUGUCUUCCCAGAUCAGGAGCGGAAAGACGUUCCGGUGUUUUCCUUUUCUUUUCUCAUGAAAAUGUCUCCCCCAAUUCUUAUUAGCGGCAUCUUGAGUAUGCAGCUUCCCCUCAGGAGGGUGGAGCUGAAGGAAUUGGUUAUCCCAAUGGUGAUCAUAAGAAUGUCUUGGGUAAUCAAAACUGGAGAAACA